CAGGAUCGACUGGUUGAAGAACACUUUAGCUUCUAGUGGAGACGACAACAACGUCCAUCCGAAGAAUCAAACCAAGAAAAUGUAACUCUUCAGCGAAACCAAAGUGAUAUAAAUUGUACUCCCACGGAGGCGAAGCAGUACUGACUGUUUCAGUUAGUUGUGUGUCGAAGAAAAGUCAUAAGAUAAAAUCAUAAAGCAUCACAUUCCACACUUAAUCCAACACAACGUGUGCAAAAAGCAUCAAACCACCCCCAUAAAUGUGUGACUACCGCGCGCGGCAAGUUUAAGGGUUUAGCGAGUUAGUUCACUUUAUUGGUCCCAUAAUCAAGUGUGUGCCAAGGGGAAAGAGCCAAGCAUCAUCAUGACCGUGAAAAUUUUUCGCCGGGGUUCGGCACGCUGUAUCGGGCUCCUGUCGGCGUUCGUGACCAUUCUGCUGUGCUUGUACUACAUCUCGAUGGGACAACCAUCGAACACGCCAACGACGACGGCCACUGCAUCCGGUGGUGCGGCGCUUCACAAGGAUGCUGCCCUGCACCAGAAACGAUUAAGCAACAUUCAUGCAGCAGAUUCGCACCACGGCGGCGGUGGCAGCAAUCCGAAUGCAAAUCAAUCCUGGCACAGUUGGCUGCGGAGCAAUCUCAAUUCGAUCAACAACGAUAACGGCAAGGAUCGACCGCCUGGCGGCGGCGGCCUGGGCCUACAAUCGGCCGACAGUGGAGGCUACCCGGAAGGUGAUUCUGGGGGUGGCGGUGGUGGUGCAGCGACCGGAAGUCAUCCGCCUCGGUUCAGCGCCAAGUGGGACGAAUGUGUCGCACUGGAGGAAACCCCAACCGAUAUCACCACCGGCGAUGAAUAUGGAAAUUUCGACUUCCAGCCCGAAUGGAUGAAAACAAAAGAAUACUGGGACAAGGACUUCGAGAAUCGCUACGAGAAGCUGCAGAAGGAUCCUAACCGACCCCCGUUGAAGAUUGUGGUGGUGCCGCACUCGCAUAAUGACCCCGGGUGGUUGAAGACCUUCGUCAACUACUUCCAGUCGGAUUCGCGCCAGAUCCUGAACCUGGCCGUCACCAAGAUGCCCGAGUAUAACAACAUGUCGUUCAUCUGGAGCGAGAUCAGCUUCCUGCAGCUGUGGUGGGAUCAGGCACAUCCCACCAAGCAGAGGAUAUUGAAAAAGUUGGUGAAAUCAGGUCGACUGGAGAUCACCACCGGAGGUUGGGUCAUGACGGACGAGGCGAAUGCUCAUCUGUAUGCGAUGGUUGAUCAACUGAUCGAAGGUCAUCAAUGGGUCAAAACCAACCUGAACGUCACCCCGAAGAGCGGAUGGAGUAUAGAUCCUUUUGGACAUGGCAGUACCGUUCCAUACUUGCUAGCUGCAAGUGGCUUCGAAGGAACCAUCAUUCAACGGAUACACUACGCGUGGAAGCAAUGGUUUGCCCGCCAUCGAUACGGAGACUUUCUUUGGAGUCCCUACUGGCGAACACCCUCCAGUGCCCUUGAUCGCAAACAUACGCUUCUGACCCAUAACAUGCCCUUCGAUAUCUACUCAAUCAAACAUUCCUGCGGGCCACAUCCGUUCAUCUGCCUGAACUUCGACUUCCGUAAAAUCCCCGGUGAGUACACAGAGUACUCCAUCAAAGCUCAGUUCAUCACACCGGAAAACAUCGAGUCCAAAGCGGAUCUUCUCAUGGAGCAAUACUCGCGUACGGCGUCCCUGUUUCCGCACAACGUGGCACUCAUUCCCGUCGGAGACGACUUCCGCUACAACAAAGAAAAAGAAAUGGAACAACAGUACACCAACUACAAGAAGCUGAUCGAUUACAUCAACGAGAACCGCCACAAGUACAAGGCGGAAAUCAGCUUCGGAACUCCGAAGGACUACUUCAAUGCUAUCAAGGAGCGUUAUGACAAAUUCCCCACUCUGAAAGGCGAUUUCUUCGUCUAUGCUGACAUUUUCAACGAAGGCCGUCCAGCGUACUGGUCCGGAUAUUUCACAACUCGACCGUACUACAAAAUUCUCAGCCGAGAGCUCGAGCACAACCUCCGUAGUUUGGAAAUCCUGUUUACCUUGGCUUUCAACCGAGCUAGACAAGCCGGCAAUUCGAAUGCCUUCAAGAUCUAUGAAAAGAACUACGAGAAGAUGAUUCUUGCUCGGCGGAAUUUGGGCCUUUUCCAGCAUCACGAUGCGAUCACCGGAACGUCCAAGGCCAACGUCAUGCGAGACUACGCUCUCCGGUUGUUCGAAAGCAUCCAGGACUCCGUCAAGCUCCAAGAGAAAACCAUCGAAUUGCUGGUGCAGAAGAAGAGCACCGAGCACAACUUCCUGAUCGGAGAGCUCGAGCGGGACAACUUUAGCAAGCUCCCCCGGAAGACUCCACUGAUCGUCACGGAGGCUCGCAGCACGGACUUCGUUGUCUAUAACUCCCUGGCGCAAGAACGGCUGGAGGUGGUUCUGAUCCGAACUCUUACCCCUCGGGUGAAGAUUCUCGACCCGAAAGGUAACACAGUGGACAUUCAAAUCAACCCGGUGUGGAACAUUACCGAAACGUCAUCGUACGCAUCGCGCAAGAUCAUUCCUUCGGACAAGGAGUACGAAAUCAUGUUUGUGGCAAAGUUGGCACCCCUGUCACUAACGACCUACACGGCCACCUACGAUGACGAGUUUAAACCAAAGAUGGCAACGCUGUAUUGCAAUGAGUGCCAGGAUGAAAAGAAUGAGAUCUUCGAGAUCCGCAACAAGCAGCCGGGAGAUAUUCAGCUGGAGAAUUUCAAGAUGAGGCUCUUGUUUGACGAGCAGACUGGGUUCUUGAAGUCCGUGACCAAGAAAAAUAUGGGAAAACAGAUACAGUGUGCGAUCAAGUUCGCCGCGUACAAGAGCGCGCAGUUCCACUCGGGUGCUUACCUGUUCAAAACGGAUCCGGAGCAGAGGAACUCCGAGAAAGAGAUAUUGGAACAGUAUAACGACGUGACAAUUCUUAUCACGUCUGGUCCGCUGGCAAGUGACGUGACUGCUAUUUACGGCCCGUUCCUCGCACACACAGUCCGGAUAUUCAACUCCAAUACGGUUCUUGAUAAUGGAAUUUAUAUCGAGAACGAUAUUGACUUCGAGAUGCCUCCGAAGAACAGGGAAACCGAGCUGUUUAUGCGGUUUAUCACGGACAUUGAGAACGGUGCAAGCGAGAAUCCCGAGUUCUUCUCGGAUCUGAACGGGUUCCAGUAUCAGAAGCGAGUGAAGGUACCGUCGAUUGGUAUCGAAGGCAACUAUUUCCCCAUCACCAGUGGAGCUUUUAUUCAAGAUGACAAGAUGAGACUGACGUUGCUUACGACCCAUGCUCAAGGUGCUGCCAGCUUGGAACCCGGACAGCUGGAAGUCAUGCUCGAUAGGCGAACUUUGUACGACGACUACCGCGGAAUGGGUGAAGGCGUUGUAGAUAGCCGGUUGACCCGGCAUCGAUUCUGGGUCGCCUUAGAGAAUAUCGAAUCCCACUCACCACCGGCAGCUGAGAACCCUCCGGGGCCAGCUGACGAACCGAAACCCGCCGAAUUUCAACUGCCCAGUAUAUUUGCCAACCAGCUGGCCAACGGUCUCAACUACCCGGCCAAUCUGUUCAUCGUGGAAAAGUACGACGAAAGCAACCAGAUAGAGCUGAACCGGGCGGUCCGGCUGCUGGCCGCUCCGUUUCCCUGUGAUCUCCACAUUCUGAAUCUCCGAACCCUGACCGAGGGCAACCUACCGCUGUUCCCGUCGAGCGGGGCUCUGCUGGUGCUGCACCGGCAAGGCUACAACUGCCGGAUAGGCGGAGAGGAAAUAGUAAAUUAUUUUUGUAACAAUAGUAGUAAUAGCGUAAGUCUUAGUAGUAAUAGUAACAAUUAUAACAAAGUAGAUAAGUACAAUAGCCGGCUGCAGCUCUUCGGCGGGGUGCAGGUCGAACAAAUUACCGGCACGUCGCUGACGGGGCUGCAUCCGGGGUCGCCGGUGCGAUCCGUGGGGGACAUUUUUCUCGAACCGAUGGAACUGCGGACGUAUAACUUGACAUUCGUCAAGUGAGAAGGCGAGAGCGAUGACGAUGGUGGUGAAGCAUCAAAGGAAAGGCUUCCACUGGGUUCCUGGUUUUGGAUUGGUUUUAGAGAGUUGUUUCGAAAGUGGUCUUUGCGGGGAUGGUUGGGGAUCGAGGCAAAAUAGGCAUUGUAUGACAAAUUCCUGUGGGAAAGCUAGAUGUUUGUUUUUUUUUCGAAUGUCAUUCGAAUUUCUGACCUAACGUUGAGUUUUAUAAAAACUUAAAGUCCAAUAACUCUUUGAAAGCAAAUAUGUACCUAUAUGAGCCGAACAUCCGUACUUAGCUUACCGGUCAGACUAAGGCCUGAGUGUCCUCUGCCGCACAAAUCGUCCUCCACUUGAUCGACCACUCUAGCUCGCUUCGCACCACGUCUUCUUGUACCGGUCGGAUGGCUCUCGAAAACCAUUUUAAUCGGGUUGCUAUCCGACAUCCUGAUGACGUGACCGCCCACCAUAGUCUCCCGAUUUUCGCGGUGUGGACGAUGGUUCAUUCGCCUUCUCCAAGUUCCGUUUUCCAUCUGCACUCCGUCGUAGAUGGUACGGAACACCUUCCGUUCGAAAACUCCAAGGGCCCGUUGGUCCUCUGCACAUAGGGUCCAUGUUUCGUGCCCAUAGAGCACUACCGGUCUUAUCAGCGUUUUGUAGAUAGUAAACUUCGUGGGACGGCGAACUUCUUAGUUACACCCUCUAAAGCAAUGUUAAGCAGCCAGCACGAAAAACCUUGCCGUAGCUCUCUGCGAGAUUCGAAGAGACUCGAGACUACGCACAUCACUCGAUCCAUCGUUGCCCUGAUCAAUCGAAUCAAUUUGUCCGAGAAUCCGUAUUCGUGCAUAAUCUGCCAUAGCUGGGCUCGACCGAUUGUAUCAUACGCCGAUUUAAAAUCGAUGAACAAGUGAUGUGUGGGCACGUUGUAUUCGCGGCAUUUCUGCAACACCUAGCGGGUGGCAAACAUCUGGUCCGUUGUAGCGCGUUCAUCUAUGAAUCAAGCCUGAUAUUGCCCCACGAACUCUCUUGCAAUCGGCGAUGGUGGCAUAACAUUUGAGAGAGUAUCUUGUAGGCAGCGCUCAGUAGUGUUUCACGCGAUAGUUCCUGCAAUCCAACUUGUCGCCCUUUUUGUAGAUGAGACACUCGAUAACUUCCAUUCACUCCUUCGGUAAUAUCUCCUGCUCGACCAUCUUGGUAAUGGUCUAGUGUAGUGCUCUCGCCAGUGCUUAGAAGCUCGUUUGGUAGUUGAUCUGCUCCAGCGGCUUUGUUGUUUUUCAACUGGCCAACCUCCUCCUCAAUCUCUUGGAGUUUAGAGGCCGGAAGUUUUUCGUCCUGCGCACGUGCUCCUGGAUCUGCAACGUCGCCAUUCAAGUGCUCAUCGUAAUGCUGCUGCCACUUCUCGACCACAUCACGCUGGCUCGUGAGAAGAUUCCCGUGUUUGUCUCGGCACAUGUCGUUUUGUUGCACAAAGCCUCUGUGCGGUUCAGCUUCUCGUAGAACUUCCGUGUGUCCUAAGUGAGAUAUAGCUCUUUCAUCGCUUCGCGAUCUCGAUCUUCCUGCUGGCGCUUUUUCCUUCGGAAGACUGAGAUCUAUCUGUUCCGCGGUGGUCUAUUAGGUGCCUCAUUCGUCCCAAAUCCCAAAUUUAAAUGAAAAACGUGGAAAAACCAUGAACACAACCGAACCUAACAAGAGUUUGAAAAUGCCAUUCAACACCACCGUCAUACACUUCUCUUCGAGUAUAUUCCUAUAAAUUGUUUUCGGAUUGUUCGAAAAGAUUCAAGACCAUGAAAAUAGUAGGUAAUUCUAACCCUCAGCAAAAUACAAAUACAAAUUAUUUUCUUCCCAGUACAGUGCAUACCCAUAAGAAUCUCACAAAAGGUCUGAAAAUCCAGCAAUAUAGUUUAAAUAUGGUUUUAAGUUAUUCACUUUUGUUGAACAGAGCAGCUUAAAUUGUUCAUAUGACAUUGAAACACUUGAACAGAUCCCCUCGAUAUUAUCAUUCCACUUUU